AUGCCAAUUCACACUUAUCUUAUUAAUCGAUUUACUGAUAAAAUAUGUCGACUCAAUGGGAUCAAGGAGUCACAUCGAAUGCCACAUAAAGAAGAAUUAAAAAUGGCAUUUUCCGAUCAUGUUCUAUUGACUCAAGAUCAACUCCCACCUAAAGUUGAUCUUCGACCUUUUAUGUCAACUGUCGAAGACCAAUCAAGAAUUGGUAGUUGUACAGCAAAUGCACUUGCGGGAGCGUACGAAUAUUUAAUUAAGAAAAACCAUGGUACUAAUAUUGAUGUGAGCCGUUUAUUUAUUUAUUAUAAUGGACGUGUUAAAAAUACACAUUUACCUGUUGUAACUGACUCAGGUUGUUCAAUGACAAAUGCUAUUGAAGCAUUAGCAGAAUUUGGUACAUGUCUCGAAUUGACGUGGCCCUAUGCUAUAGCGAGUGUUAAUAGCAUUCCUAAUGUCCGCGCUUUUCACCAAGGACUUAAGCAUAAAAUACGUCAGGCACUUCAUGUUAAAAUUGAUUUAAAUGAAAUGAAAUCAUGUCUUGCACAAGGUUUCCCGUUUGCAUUCGGUUUACGGCUUUAUGUUUCAUUUGAUCAAGCAGCGAAAACUGGUAUUGUACCAAUGCCAAAUCAAGAAGAACAAAGUCGCGCUGAACAUGGCAGACAUGCAUUGUUAGCUGUUGGCUAUAGUGACCAAUCAAAAGCAUUUAUUGUUCGAAAUUCAUGGGGAGAAAAUUGGGGCGAUAAAGGUUAUUGUUACAUUCCGUAUGAUUAUAUAACCAAUCCAAAACUUUGUUUCGAUCCAUGGGUUAUUCGACAGUUUGGAAAUGAUGAUAUGGGCAAUGAUCAUUGGCAUUUUUUAGACACUUUUGAUUUUCUAUUCAAAGCAGAAUCCGAUACUAAUUAUGAUCACAUAGAAGUUAAAGAAAUGCACGAGCAAGAUGCACAUGCGUGA